GGGUGCCCCGGAAGUUAACUCUUCUCUUCCGGUCGAGCGUCUGUGUCUCUGCACGUGGUUGCAUUGCCGGUACCCAGUCCACUGCUCUCGGAAAAGUAACUUCAACGGCUGCACUACAGCGAGGGAGCUGAGCUGGAGCCAUGGAGGGCCCCAGUGUGGAAGAGCUACUGGCAAAGGCGGAGCAGGACGAGGCAGAGAAGCUACAGCGCAUCACGGUGAGCAAGGAGCUAGAGCUGGAGUUUGACCUGGGAAACCUGCUGGCUUCAGACCGGAAUCCCCCAACAGCGCUGCGGCAGGCGGGACCCGUGCCAGAGGCCGAGCUGCGGGCCCUGGCGCGCGACAACACGCAGCUGCUCAUCAACCAGCUGUGGCAGCUGCCCACGGAGCGCGUGGAAGAGGCGCUGGUGGCGCGUCUGCCGGAGCCCACUACCCGCCUGCCACGUGAGAAACCAGUGCCCAAACCGCGGCCUCUUACACGCUGGCAGCAGUUCGCGCGCCUCAAGGGCAUCCAUCCUAAGAAAAAGACUAACCUGGUGUGGGACGAGGUUAGCGGGCAGUGGCGGCGGCGCUGGGGCUACAAGCGCGCCCGGGAUGACACUACGGAAUGGCUGAUCGAAGUGCCCGAUGGUGCCGACCCCCUGGAAGACCAGUUUGCCAAGAGGAUCCAGGCCAAGAAGGAGCGCGUGGCCAAGAACGAGCUGAACCGACUGCGUAACCUGGCCCGGGCGCAUAAGACCCAGCUGCCCAGUACAGCUGGCAUGCACCCCACCGGACACCAGAGUAAGGAGGAGCUGGGUCGCGCCAUGCAGGUGGCCAAGGUCUCCACCGCCUCUGUGGGGCGCUUCCAGGAGCGCCUCCCCAAGGAGAAGGCACCCCGGGGCUCGGGUAAGAAGAGGAAGUUCCAGCCCCUUUUCGGGGACUUUGCAGCUGAGAAAAAGAACCAGUUGGAGCUACUUCGUAUCAUGAACAGCAAGAAGUCUAAGCUGGACGUGACAAGGGCCACCAAUAAGCAAAUGAGAGAGGAGGAUCAAGAGGAGGCCGCCAAGAAGAGGAAAAUGAGCCAGAAGGGCAAGAGAAGGGGGGGCUGGCAGGGUACUGGAGGCAAGAGGAAAGGUGGCCCGCCCAGCCAGGGAGGGAAGAGAAAAGGAGGUUUAGGGGGCAAGAAGCAAUCCAGGCCGCCUGGUUUGGGUAGCAAGAGGAAAGCAGGGCAGCACCAAGGAGGAAAGAGGAGGAAGUGAUACUUUUCAUCCUCAGCUAUGUUCUGUAAAGGAAGAACUGUGCUGUGUACAUAUAAAAUGUUGAGUUCUGGGGGUGCAGAAUGAGGUGACUGUUGCCUUCAUUGAACUUGGUGUUGGACAAAAUUGCCUUCACAACUGGACUGUACAAAUUGUUUUUCCCACUGUUGUACUAAUUAACCGAGAACUUAGCUGAGAUAAGGGUGUAUUUGAGGACAUAAGAAUUAGGGAAAUAAUUUGGUUGAAACCAGGAAUGGAUUCUAUAAAAGUCAUCAUCUUUCAUUUUUAUUUUGGAUAUGGGUUUAAGAGUUGGUCAUAUUUCAGAAAGUUAAGAGUAGGUUGAUUUACACGUUCCUGCAUUAUUUUUAUAACAAGUUUGUAUAAUUAUCAAAGCAAAGAGGAAGAGGAAAAAUUAUUUUCUAAGUGGAUUUACAAAUAAAUGUUAUAAAUAUUAUUUAAUAGAAAUGUGUCUAUUUAGUGCUAACUUUUUGGCUAUUGGUAGAAUGUACAUGAAGCCACUGACCCGGAUAUCCAUUACAGAUUAUUUUUGUUCCUUAAAAACAGAAAGUAGUUAAAUUAUAAUGCUUUCACUGAGAUCAUUUUUAUUAGAAAACCCCAGCUUCCUUUGGUAUUAAAUAUAAAAUUAAAAGCCUAGUAUAACUGAUGUGUAUAAAAAACGACUGCCAGCACUGUACACACUGGCAUAAGUGAUACAUUUGGGCUACACUAAAAAUAAUGGGAACUUAUUUUUCUAGACAGUACUUAAUGAUUUCUCAAUAUUUAUAACCCAUCUGUUUUGAGAAGAGAAAGAGAUCCAGAAAAUCUUAAUUGGAAUGUCACUAUCUUUUGAUUAAUUUGUUAAAUUGACCUAUGUCGGUGUAAUUAGGAGAUGAAAUGUCUGUGGCUGCCUUGGGUCAUCUUCUGUAUGAAUCUCUUGUUUUGACUUUAGUAAUCUCAUCUCUGUACAAUAAAGUAUGUCUGGGAAAUGA